CUGGGGCCAGGCUGCUGCAUCUCCGCGUCAGCCAAAGGGGGUAGCAAAAAGGGGGCCAAAAAACCAAGGCAGCAUCACCUUGGCAUCGUCAGGGAAGCAAGACGAGAGCUUUGCAGGAAAGUACUUUUAUGGGGUUGUUCACAGCCGCUCUCAGAGGAGGGAGGAGGAAGUACGUUGGCAAAUCAGCCCUUGCCGAGACGUCGCUCUUCGUGGGGUGGAAUUGCACCCGGGGCGCAGGAUCCCCACAGGACUGUCAGAGCUUCAUUUUGGCCUGUCUCCUAAGCAAGCCCCCCCUCGGAAAAAAAAAAAAAAAGCCCCUCCUGAUCCAAAAUGUCCCUCAAGCUGCCACGGAACUGGGAUUUCAACCUGAAAAUGGAUGCUGCAAAAAUAGCCCGCUCCAAGAGCGUGAUGAGCGGCGAGCCGGUGGGUGCCCGGCCAGCCUCCCCCAACCCGCUAGAGCGGCCCCUGAAGAUCGGCUGGCUGAAAAAGCAGCGCUCCAUUGUCAAGAACUGGCAGCAGCGGUACUUCGUGCUCAAGGGCCAGCAGCUUUACUACUACAAGGAUGAGGAUGAUGUCAAACCACAGGGCUGCCUGUGUCUCCAGGGAAGCACCAUCAAGGAGGUGGCCAGCAACCCAGAGGAAGGAGGAAAAUUUAUCUUCGAAAUCAUCCCAGGGGUCUCUGGAGACCAGAACCGGACAGGGCAGGACACCUGCGUGCUCAUGGCCAAUUCCCAGUCUGAGAUGGAGGAAUGGGUUAAAUCCAUCCGACGAGUGCUGGGGUCGGCGUCAGGAGCGGUGUUUGGCCAGCGCUUGGCAGAGACCAUGGCCUAUGAGCAGAAAUUUGGGCAGCACCAGGUCCCCAUCCUGGUGCAGAAGUGCGCUGAGUUCAUCCGGGAGCACGGUGUGAGUGAGGAGGGCAUCUUCCGCCUCCCUGGCCAAGACAACCUGGUGAAACAGCUCAGGGAUGCGUUCGAUGCCGGGGAAAGGCCAUCAUUUGACCGGGACACGGAUGUGCACACUGUGGCCUCUCUGUUCAAACUCUACCUGCGGGAGCUCCCCGAGCCGGUUGUACCCUGGAUGCAGUACGAGGAUUUUCUGCUGUGCGGUCAGGCGCUGGAUGCGGAUGAGAAAAAGGGCCAUCAGGAACUCCUGAAGCAACUAUCCCUCCUUCCCAGAGACAAUUACAACCUCCUCAGCUAUAUCUGCAGGUUUCUACACGAAAUACAGUUGAACUCUAGCAUCAACAAGAUGAGUGUGGAUAACCUAGCAACAGUCAUCGGAGUGAACCUCAUCAGACCCAAGAUAGAGGAUCCUGCAAUUAUUAUGAGAGGCACACCACAGAUCCAAAAAGUGAUGACUGUGAUGAUAAGUGACCACGCAGACCUCUUUCCCCCAUCCAAGGAUGUGCCGCCCUCCCUCCCUGCCCUCAAAAAUGACAAGAAAGCCCCCAUCCCGCGCAGCUCCGUGGGCUGGGAUGCUGCAGAGGACCUUGCGGUGCCCAGGGCGGAGAGCUUGAUCCAAAAGCAAAUGGGAGAUGACCUGAAUUCCAGCAGUGCCCCCGGACCAGCUGCGAGCUCAAGUGCAGCCAGAGAAGAUAAUGGGUGCAAAGAUACACUGGGAAUGUGGAAAAUGCAGUCAAGGAAAAGAACUCAGACCUUACCUAACAGGAAAUCUUUCCUGACAGCGGCUUCUCCGGGGGAGAAAGGUGGCAACAACAAAAAUGAUGUAUUUGCCAGUGACUUUUGGAGAAGCUCCCCUGGCAGCAGCAUGCGCUCCGUGGUCCCUGAAGGACAUAAGAGAACGUUGUCUCAUGAUCUUUUUAAGCUGCUCGACCUUCACCGGGCUUCGACCUACGAUAACGUUCCUACCUCCCAGGCGGAAAGUGGGGAAGGCGCCGGCCCCAGCCCCAGCCCUUCGAGCAGCAGCUCCGAUAAGGAAUUUCUACCCUGCCAGAGUCCCAGCCAUGAGCCAAAGGAAACAGCCAGCCCCACCAGCAGCCCUGCCGAGGUCUCCAAGCCUGAUCAGGAGAGCAGGGAGUUCCUGCAAAACAUGAUCUUGAAGCUGGAAAAAGAAAUGGAGGUACAGAAAAAUGACUACGAGGAACAAAUUAAAAGUCUUGAGAAGGAAAAUUACGAAGUCUGGGCCAAAGUGGUGAGGCUGAAUCAGGACAUUGAGAAGGAGAAGAAGAAAUCUGAGGAACUGGAGCUGAAGCUGAUGAACAUGGAGCACUUACGGGAGGACAUGGAGAAGAAAAACAAGAUGCUUGAGGAGGAGAUAAAAAACUUAGCUAAAUCCAUGAACAAAACUGAUGCCAAAGCCAACUAGGAGAAGUCACUCAGCUGUGCACAGACAUAAAAUGCAGCUGCAUGAAUCCACAGGAAUUGCCAAGCAGGUUCAGGGCCAGGGACUUUUAUCGUCCGGUGUUCUGCUACUGCUUGCCGGCUGGUUUGGAGGAAGGAGCCCAGAAGGUAGAGGCUGGUUUAUGCUCUGAAACCGGAAAUUUCAAAAAUAUUCUUUAGCUUUUUUUUGGGUUUUUUUUUUUUUUUAACUCCUCUUUCAGCUGCUUAAAUUACCUGUAGAACAGGCCAAUACUUGCUGCUCAAUCAGAAUAUCUUGCA